AUGGCUGGUCGUGCGGGAAGUAACUCGCGUUCAAACUUCAACGGGGAACCAGCUGAGCGGUCGCGCCGAACGUCGGCCCGAGGGUACCGCACCACGCUGGACUACGGCGGCGGUGACUGGACCGCACCCGGUCACGCGCCUGAUCGCGACACGAGCCAGAGCCAGGAACCCAGUGUUGAACAAGUUUCAGAGCACGAAGUACACGCCGACGUUAUGGCUUCCAGCACUGCUUCCGAAGGUAGCUGCUCUGCGGAGCAGCGAGAGUUUCUAACCGUAGAAAGUUACCGACAGCAGAAGAACGGGGAGCAAAAACCUGCUUCUGACUCUGGCUGGAAUAGAAACGAUGAAACAACGGAGAGAGCAUCCAGAGAUACGCAAUCCGGAGACGCAUCUGGCAUGAGCGUUACAGCGGGCGGCGCUGUGGCCUCCGUUUCGUCGUCACGGAGCUCAACGGAGGCGUCGACGCCGAGGUGGCUGCAUCUAUCAAGGCCGCCUUCGUCUGCGGGUAAGAGUUCUGCGGAAUUCUCGGAGCCAAGUGGAGCGGCUCGGGAGCGUGCGCUCCGCCGUCGACGCGAGUGGAAGCGCCUGGCGUGGCGCCGAGAGGCCAUGGAAAUGAACCUUCUCGAAGAGCAGUUCAAUAGAUACUGUGAGCGGAUCCUGAGUGCCCGCGGCUUUUCUCGAUCCGAAAGGGGCGCUGCAAGUAUGCUCCCCGAAUCCAUAGCGCUCGCCGAACUGGCAAAGCGCUACCAGCGACGUGCCUCGACUGGGCAGCGCCUGCAGGGACUAUCACCAGCCGAGAUUCGAGAACGCCGCAAUGCACAAAAGCGGGAAAGCAAGCAAAGGAUCCAACGAUAUCGAGAGGAGCGGGCUAGUUUGCUCCGCAGGUUCAUCAGUGCAUUCAAAAUGGAGUUGGGUGAACUGGACGACGACAACGACAACGACAACGACGAGAUGCCUACCGAAACUGGCGAGCACGGGCGAAGUGCCGACUCCGCAUACGGUGUGCAUCGCGGCGAUCUCUCCAUAGCAAGUACCCAAGAGCGGCCAUUCUCGGAGUAUGCCAUCGCGGACGCAAUGCGCUCGAACGCGAACCAUGUCCGUCAGAAAACACGACUGCAGGCAGGUAGCCGAUCCACGGCGGAGGCGCUUCAAGAUAUGUCAAGUUUUAUUGCAGAAUAUCGGAAGGAUGCUCUCGAGGAUAUGCUAUUCGGUAGUCGGCCCCGGAGCGAUGCUGCGAAUAUGGCGAUCGCAGAGCUUGAUGGAAACCUGAUGCUGAACCAGCAGCUCAUUGGUGAUGAUGAUACUGGCCAGCAGCUGCGAGAAGCGAAUCAGAUUGUCUCGGAAUUACUCGCAGAAAUGGAUGCAAACGGCCCACUGGUGUCGGCCUGGGAUCUGAGCUUGUUGAAAACUUCGGGCAUGAACACGAUCAUGGUUCAGAGCCCGAGCAUGGGUCGGCUUCUUGUCGGCAUACAGGUGUUCCAGGGGCUCUUCACGAGCGAGCGAGCAGCCAGGGUUCUGGGGAUAUCGGCGACUGUCGCGCGCAACGCGCUCGAACGCCUGCACAACAAUGGUUUGCUGUUGGCGAUCCCGCGGACAGCGCAGCUGAGUAACGAAUACGCCUAUCUGGUGCCGGAGCACGUACGUCGCAUCCCGCCUCACGUUAUCCUGCAACUGGCGACAGAACGCCCAACGCACAAGAUGGUAACCCUAGUUGACCUGGAUUCGCAUUCGGUUGCUUCGGAAUCCAUGAUGAUCGAGGCCAAACAGAUCCUCUACCGCGUAGAACAUAAUUUUGUGCAAGAACUAAGAGAACGUCUCAGUCGCUUGCAGUUGGAGUCUCGCUCGGAUCAACCGGAUGUCUGGGAUCGGAUUCGGAUCUACUUCGACGAGCUCAAGGAUGACUUUUUCUACGCCAUAGAGGUUGCGCGCAACCAUUACGGCAUCGUUGGCGUUUCCGACUUUGUCGCCAGCUUCUCAUACCCGAUUCGGUACUUACUGAAAGCCGAAGCUCGUACCGGCAUCUUCAGGGACAUUUACGAGCGAUUUGAGCCAGCGCUGCGCAGCUACUUGACAUCACUGAACAGAUUGGGACAUAACUUGUCACUAUGGACAAGAGAUGUCGGCACGUCCGCUGGCGACGUCGUCGCGCUGCAGCGCCAGGUCGAGCACGGCCCGAGCGUGGCCGACUGGCAUCGUCUCUACCCGACCUGUCUAGGGAAUGAGCAUGCAAGCGACGAUGCGCUUAGCUCAGCGUUGCUCCUGGGCGGUACAGUAACGUCGGCGGCGAUGCCUUCCCCGCUGGCGGAAGAUGCACCCUGUGACUCGCUGACCUUGAGCUUUCCCGACGAAAUCGAGCACGCUAUCCUAUCCGGUCUGUGUCUGUCUCGAGCUUGCAUCGACUCACUCGAUUACGAAGAAGCCGAGCGAAUCCUGGAACAGUUACUGGAGGUAUGCACGCGGCAUUCUCCGAUCAUUAUCCCGAAGAGUCAAAGCGCCAGCAGCAGCGCCCCGAGCAGUACGGCAGUGGCGCCGCUGGGCCCGCGCAGUUUCUUUCCACAUCAAGAAGUCCACCUGUUGAUGCAUCCAACGAUUCAUGUGGCAAUUCUGGAAAACCUGGGUCGUUCGCAUGCGCUGCGGGGUCGAACGAAAGCCGCUUGUCGCUGCCUGGCGCAGACGCUGGCACUGCGUCGGCAACUGGGCCAAGAGCAAUCCAUCCCCUAUGCGUUGACGCUGAUCUCGUUCGGCGACUCCUUGAUCCGUGAACACCAACUCGAAACAGCGCGUACAGUCUUCGAAGAGGCGCUCUCUAUCUUCGAUCGCUUCGUACACCGAUAUGCAGAGCGUUUUGAGCUUUCCUCCAGAGCCGAAGCGCUCUACUACCUCGCGCUCCUGCACUUUGUGGCCGGCGAUGAGCGCAAAGCCAUUGAGUUGUUGAACGUGGCCCUAGAAGUGCUUGAUGCUCGACAUAGCAGUAACUUUAUCUGCUGUAGUCCGCGCACCGUGCUCACACUCGAGACCAUGAUUUACAAACUGCUCGCCCAGAUCUACAUCGCUGCCGGGCGACGCGAUCGGGCGCUCGUGCUGCUGCAGAACGCACUGAACCUAAUUGCUUCCACGUAUGCCAGAGGCAUCGAAACCGGUAUUCACGGAGGCAGCCAGUCGCAGGAUGAGCGAGCGACCCGAGAUCUCGUCGACGUCCUGAGUCAGCUGAGCGUCGACGCGGAAUCGAAUGCACGUUAA